UCAAUAAAUUACAAUUUCACCUCCCAAUAUUUAAACACAUUGAUCGCUUGUUUCUUUUUCCUCUCUCAAAAUACCUACAACAAAAUGUCGUUUGUACACAAGUUGUACAAGGCUUCAUCGGUCGCCGGAGCCCGCCUUAUUCGCCGCCUGAGCAACUUACCCGAAAACACCGUAUACGGUGGCCCAAAACCUCAAACGCCCAACCAGAGAAUGACCCUUAACCAGCUGAAGCAAAAAUACAAGAAAGGUGAGCCGAUCACCGUUGUUACAGCCUAUGACUAUCCAUCGGCGGUCCACCUCGACACCGCCGGCAUCGAUAUCUGCCUGGUCGGAGACUCUGCUUCCAUGGUCGUUCAUGGUCAUGACACCACUCUCCCUAUCUCACUCGACGAAAUGCUCGUCCAUUGUCGUGCCGUCGCUCGCGGCGCCACGCGGCCAUUACUCGUCGGUGACUUGCCGUUUGGGACCUAUGAGACCAGCACAAGUCAGGCAGUUGAUACGGCUGUUAGGGUCUUAAAGGAAGGAAGUAUGGAUGCUAUCAAAUUGGAAGGAGGGUCCCCUUCGAGAAUCACCGCUGCGAAAGCCAUCGUCGAGGCCGGAAUCGCGGUUAUCGGACACGUUGGACUUACUCCACAGGCAAUUAGCGUACUCGGGGGAUUCCGGCCUCAAGGCAAAAAUGUUGCUAGUGCAGUCAAGGUUGUAGAGACUGCAAUGGCUUUGCAGGAAGCCGGAUGUUUUUCGGUUGUUAUGGAAUGUGUUCCGGCUCCCGUGGCUGCCGCAGCCACAUCGGCUCUUCGAAUUCCCACAAUUGGCAUUGGAGCUGGUCCUUUUUGCAGUGGACAGGUUCUCGUUUACCAUGAUCUACUCGGAAUGCUGCAACACCCGCAUCACGCAAAGGUUACUCCGAAGUUCUGCAAGCAGUAUGCACGAGUCGGAGAUGUCAUCAAUAGAGCUCUCUUGGAAUACAAGGAAGAAGUAGCGAACGGUUCAUUCCCUGGUCCUUCGCACACCCCAUACAAAAUGAAUCCCAAGGACGCGGAGGCUUUCAUGAAGGAGUUGCAAAAGUUGGGUUUGGACGGCGCAGCAUCUGCGGCAACCGAAGCAGCGGCUGAGCCUGAGGAGACGAACAUGGAUCAACGAGCGGGUGCCGGCGAGUCCCGAAACUACUAAAACAAGACCAGGAUUCUUAAGCUUUUACUUCAAUCAUAUUCAUUGAGGAGCAAAUAAUGUCAUUGCAGUUCUUGUUACCGCAU